GUGAGCCAGCGUGUUGUGGAAGAAUGAUUUUUUUCGGUAUAGCUGUUGGUAAAGGGCAACGUUCGUGAUUUUCGUAUUUCUAUCGUUAUCUCGAUUUCUCGGUGUGGUCACGCGUCGACGUUUUCUCCGUUCGCUCGAGACGACUCGUCGAAGUUUCACGGGACUUGCCGCGAAGUGCUUCCAGGAGCUUUGUAAAUAUAUAUUCGUUCCGUCGUAUCACGGACACGUGGUACCGCUGAAAUCACGUACACGUUACGGAGUGGAGUUUGACGAACUUCGUUUUGUAAUUAGCAAUUUAUUUGCUUUUUCAACGACGCGUCGCCGAUAGAAAAGAAUUUCCGUGCGUUCCACUUCCACAUGCGUGUCACUGGCAGGACGCGAGUGAAACGCCAAUCGUUUUUUUCUACGUCAUAUAAAAUCCGCUUGUACCACGCCGUUGAUGGUUAAUCUGUGUACACGUUCGGUCUUCGUGAAAGGGCGACGGAGAGAUCCUUUUCGAUCGUUCGAAUGUCGUCGAUCGAUCUUGGUAUCCACUUAAUAAACGUUCUUACAUGUCGCUUGCGCAGUUUGUAAUUUCCGUAACGGUAACGCGAUAGCAAAAGUUACGCAGUUUCGACCGAAUUCCUGGAACCGGAUAGAUUGCUUCCGCGCGAGCGGCGUGUUCUCCAUCGUCCGGCGAACCUCGCGUGUUAUUUUGCCGAUACGAGACGAGACGAGGUCAAGAACAAUUUCUCGGACUCGAAAGUCUCUUACCAAACGUCGUUGUCAACCGGUGCUUCGAUACACAAGACUCGAAGAUAAUCCGUUUCCUGUACUUAUUUGAACACGUUCACCAACCUGAUUUCUCGGACUUAACCUUGCCCGUGCGCGCGUGUUGUGUGUUUUUAUGUGACUUUGUGCGUCGCGGGGUAUCAAAGGUGACGAACGUAAGGUUAAAUAUCGAUGAAAAACAGGAGAGAGAAGGAUAAUCGAGCCCCUGGAAAACAAUAGAGGAAAAAUCAGUGCGGUUGUUUUUCGGUAUGCUGGUGCCAACAGGCGCCGUUGUUGCGUCGCUAACAAACGGGGGCAAUGCUAUUGGCUGACUACCAAUAAGUCAACGACGAACCUCGCCGUAUCUGCAAAUUCACAGCGCCUCUGUACGUUGGUGCCGGAUCCAAGGUUCUUGUAAGCAAUUUUCCAGGUUACGCCAAAUUGGAUGAUCUCGAAGUACUGUUUGCGAGCUGCGGUCAAGUGCAGUCCGUUGAGAAGUUGUCCUCGCGUGAUCCUAACACACAAACCGCCCUCGUUAGCUAUGAGACGCAAGAACAAGCACAGCAGGCUGUGAACGAGUUUAAUGACUACGAGUACGGGGGUAACGUGCUAAAAGUGGAAAUGUCUACGGCGGAGAGCCGACGAAGAGGCCGCAGCCAGCGCAGCGGCGUCGCUUACUCCGGAGUUUCGGGUUCCGGGCGGCAGACGGACUUCCCGCUUCGUAUUCUCGUACAAUCGGACAUGGUAGGAGCCAUAAUCGGUCGGCAGGGAUUGACUAUACGCCAAAUUACACAGAUGACGCGCGCACGAGUGGACGUUCACCGGAAAGACAACCUUGGUUCUGUGGAGAAAGCUAUCACCAUCUAUGGCAAUCCAGAGAAUUGCACGAACGCCUGCAAGAAGAUCCUGGAGGUCAUGCAGAAAGAAGCUUACAGCAUAAAUAAGAGCCCCGAGAUCAGUUUGAAGAUUCUCGCACACAAUAACUUGAUCGGACGAAUAAUCGGGAAGGGUGGUACUACGAUCAAAAGAAUCAUGCAAGACACGGACACGAAAAUCACCGUGAGCAGUAUCAACGACAUCAACAGCUUUAAUCUCGAACGCAUCAUCACAGUUAAGGGCACCAUCGACAACAUGAGCAAAGCUGAAUCCAUGAUCUCCAGCAAAUUGCGCCAAAGCUACGAGAACGAUUUACAAGCAAUGGCCCCACAAAGCAUGAUGUUCCCUGGCUUGCACCCGAUGGCCAUGAUGUCCACCGCUGGUAUGGGAUACAGCUCACGUGGUCCUGGCUUGUAUGGCUCUGGACCCGCCCCAUAUCCCUACCAAGCUAGCUUGCCGACUCAACAGGGUGUUCCUGCCACCGACACUCAGGAAACAGCGUUCCUUUACAUUCCUAACAGUAGCGUAGGCGCCAUUAUCGGUACCAAGGGUUCACACGUUAGAAAUAUUAUCAGAUUUUCCGGAGCUAGCGUGAAAAUUGCGCCGCUCGAACAAGAUAAACCAGCGGAUCAACAAACUGAAAGGAAAGUGACCAUCCUCGGAUCGCCUGAAUCUCAAUGGAAGGCGCAAUACUUGAUCUUCGAAAAAAUGCGCGAGGAAGGGUUCGUUUCAGGUACUGACGACGUCAGACUGACGGUCGAGAUCUUAGUACCGAGCGCCCAAGUCGGCCGAAUCAUCGGCAAAGGCGGACAAAACGUUAGAGAAUUGCAACGUGUAACUGGAAGUGUCAUAAAGCUGUCGGAACAACAAUCGACAUCUCCUUCUGCCGACGAAGAGGCCACCGUCCAUAUAAUUGGCCCCUUCUUCUCUGUUCAGUCGGCACAGAGAAGAAUUCGCUCUAUGGUCCUACAGUCCGGUGCACCUGGAGCAGGUGCUGGCUCGCGCGCUGGUCGUGGUAGCAGCCAAGAAGGUGGUUCCCGCACCCGAAGAGAUGGCAGUGCCACGUCUCAACAAGGUGGCACAUCGACGCAACAGCAUUCGCCUCAGCAGCAAUCGAGCUCCUCGCCAUCCAGCCAGCAACAACAACCACAAAAUCAGUAACGUCACUGAAACUUACCUGACGCCAACCAACGCCUCACAGGAUCCGUUUUAUUCGUCGGGGUGGCCUCGUCGCUUUGACAUUCUCUCGUCAUGAGGCUACGUGCAACCUCCUUCUCGCGGGGCACGUAUCCUUCGAGAUUCUCACAGAGCGGCCGAGCGAUGUGCAGAGAGCAUGAAAGGCACACGCGAACGCUUUCUAUCGAGAUUCAGAAUAAUCAUGCAAUAGGAGUCGAUAUUAUUCUUCAAAAUCAUCCAUUUGGUUCAGAACGGGUAAGAGAGAGAGAAAGAAAGAAAGUGAGAGAGAGUGAGAGAAGAGGGGCUACGGUCGAUGGCGUUUCUUUCUAUUGUUAUUAUUCCUUUUGUUUGCAUUUUUUUUUCUUCUUUUUUUCUUUUUAAUUCGCGCAAAUACACCAAAGAGUGGGCGCGUACUUUUCGCGAUUUUUCGAUACCGUAGAGAACACGCGUAGCGUGCCUUUUUAUAUGGGUUUUGUAGCGGAACGCCAAAAAAAAAAUUAUCAUUGUUGUCUCAUCGCCAUCGAUCGUGACCUAGCGUCUGCGUCGCAACGAGUUUCGCAGCUCGAAGUUAUAGAAAGGCUAAUAAAAGCGACGCAAAUACCGCGUGUGGAACCAGUUGGAAGUGCACGUCAUCUAACGAAAACGUGUCACGCGAGACGAGGUGAGAGAAAAAGUUUCGGUACCUGUCCGUGCAGAGCAGAGACAACGCUAGAAAUUCCAUUCUCCUUCGAAGCGACAUACCCAUUCACCCAACCGUGCACAACAUCAUACACGUAUACCACACGCACACAUCGUUUUCUCACCUCUUCUACGCGCGAACGCGUGCGUUUUCGUUGCGAGUUCGGUCAUUCGGGGUUGAAGCGACGGGUGAUAAUUCGAACGAAUCGAUUUCGCAGCGUUAAACGAAACCACCUCGUCGAUGAAACAGGAUACAUAAUACGAUGAUAAGAAAAAAAAAGCAUACACAACCUUAUUACCUCAUUCAUUAUGGUUAAAGAUUUAAAUAUGAUAAAGAAAAGUGAAACGAGAGAAAGGAUAAAAACCAACUAAUCUAAAAAAAAAAAAAAGAAAGAAGUCUACCUAAUAUUAAAGUUAUAAUAAUAUACAGAGAGGUUAAGUAACGAUUACACAUUACGUUAUACAUGUUACUACUACUGCUAAUUAACUACUACUUACUUCUGCUAAGUACUACAGAGAAAAGGCGGUUUUUUUUCGUUUUUUUUUUUCUUUCUUAAAAAAAGGAAAAAGAAAAGAACUACUACUCUAGGUACAGUUUUUUAUACCACACAACUCAGAGACAUUUAAAAAAAAAAAACAAAAAACAAAAAAGCUCAAAAAAAAAAACGAAACAAACGGGACUUAAAUCGGAAGAAUGUGAGCGAAACGUGACGCACGUUCUACAGUUUUAGACGUAUAAGCCAGGAAGUUUCUGAAGCGGAUGGGCGUCCUCGGCCCCCGCGGUUCCCGCCUGUGCCCCUCUCACCACCCGUAAUACCAAAGAAGCGAUUAUGAGUUUUUUUCGUAUUAGUGAAGUGAAAUAAUGCGCGACACGCGCGUAACGUCGUCGUGCGCGCUGUACUCGCCUCAAGUUCCUUGCAAGAGCCAACAAGUGAGAGGGGUCAGAGACACACACGCGUCUGCGGGGAGAAUCGACGAGUGGUUAUUGACGUCGGACACACGGCAGGAUGGGGAUGAAGGAAACCGACGAGAAACGUCAUCGGAUCGCGUUUGGCGAGAGAAAUA